CGGUUCCUCUUGCAUGAUUUAUGGGCCGCAGUGCACACACCAACAAGUACCGGGCCAUUAGUUGAGCCCAGAUUUUGCCCAUUCGAUACAAAAACAAAAUUAAAAAUAAAGGUUUCUGAAGUUCUAAAUCAAAUCAAAUGAUGCUCCAUUGCUCCGUUCCCCUCCUCUCCUCCCCUGACCUUUGAUUCUUUGAAGCGACGACAGCAAUGCUUUCUCUACAAACCCAGCCCAAACCCUUCCUUAACCCUCAAAGCCCGCUUAAACCCUUCACUCCCAGAACCCUAAAGCCAAACAAAUCCCGCUUCUCUACCGCCAUUCACUCUCUCCUCCAAUACAACCGCAAGCCCCAGCUUGCCGGCGAGACCCCUCGCGUUGUCGUCAUAACCUCCGGUAAAGGUGGCGUUGGAAAGACCACCACCACUGCCAAUAUCGGUCUCUCCCUAGCUCGUCUUGGAUUCUCUGUUGUUGCCAUCGACGCCGACGUCGGCCUCCGCAACCUCGACCUCCUCCUUGGGCUUGAAAAUCGCGUCAAUUACACCGUCGUAGAGGUCCUGAACGGAGAUUGCCGCCUCGAUCAGGCCCUGGUCCGCGACAAGCGUUGGUCCAACUUCGAGCUUCUCUGCAUUUCCAAGCCCCGCUCGAAGCUCCCGCUAGGGUUUGGUGGCAGGGCCCUCGUCUGGCUAGUUGAUGCACUAAAACAGAAACCCGAGGGCUGCCCUGAUUUCAUCCUUAUUGAUUGCCCUGCCGGAAUUGACGCCGGAUUCAUUACCGCCAUCACACCAGCUAAUGAAGCCGUAUUAGUUACAACUCCAGAUAUCACGGCUUUGCGUGACGCGGAUAGGGUGACUGGGUUGCUUGAAUGUGACGGGAUUAGGGACGUAAAGAUGAUUGUGAAUCGAGUAAGGACUGAUAUGAUUAAAGGGGAGGAUAUGAUGUCAGUGUUGGAUGUGCAGGAGAUGCUGGGGUUGGCGUUGCUUGGGGUUAUACCUGAGGAUUCAGAGGUGAUAAGGAGUACAAAUAGAGGUUACCCUCUUGUGUUGAAUAAGCCUCCGACUUUGGCCGGGCUUGCGUUUGAGCAGGCAGCAUGGAGGCUCGUUGAGCAGGACAGUAUGAAGGCUGUAAUGGUCGAGGAGGAGCCCAAGAAACGAGGGUUUUUCUCCUUUUUUGGUGGAUAGAGAUUGAAUGAAGCCAAUGUGGGUGAGUUGCUGUUCUCUUUGGCUGCAAGCUUGUGGUCAAUUUUGGAUGCUGUGUACACUGAGUAUGUGAUUCUUUCGGGUGAUUAUGUUGAGUAGUAGAUUUUUUGAUGUUAGCUUUACCCUUUUUUAGUCCUUUUUUGUCGCCAUAAAAUAGCUCCAAACUAGCUUAGCUGCAUUUCUGUGCUUUCCGUAUGAGGAUCAUGUUUCUGGUUAAAGAUUGGUAUUUGUAUUUUUCCAAUUUGGAAAGAAAUCUUAAUCGUAUCUGUGAAUAUUUUGAAUUGCCAA